AUGUCUGGGGCACUCAUUCAGAUUGAUUUAGAGAGGAAAGCAAGGUUCGUUCACGUUUCGGUUCUUGAGUACUUGACCGAUCGAUCUCGUCAAGACCAGUCUCAAGAAUCAAUGUCAACCCUCGCCAAGGAACAGUCCCUGGCGCAGCGAUCGUGCGCAUCCUGUUGUCUAGCAUAUCUGCUUUAUGGCAUACCAGCAGAGCCCUUGGGUGGCGGCCCACAAGUCGUUGCGGACCGCGACUUACAGAAUAUUCGAUAUGCUUCCCUUGAAUAUUCUGCGCAGUUUUGGGAUUUCCAUUUCUCCGAGUUUCUUCUCAAGCUACCGUCGGUAAUGUCACAGGAGUGCGAGCUUUCUAUCAAACUCGCUUCUGACUUUGUUUCAGCCAAGAGAACCCUCAUGGGCUCAGGUUCAGGUACUGCAUGGAUCGCUGGAGCUGUUGUCCCCUCCGUUCUUUUCGCAGCCCUACCUGUUGCGUUUGCGAUCUGGUGGCGGAAGCGGCGAAGCAGAACACCAAAGACUCCCAAAAGUCCUCACUUAGAAGAUGAGGCGGGGACAGCAGGUUUUGGUAAGCCGGAGCUUGACUCACAGGGUAUUCCGCGACAAAGAAGCAAAGAAGAGACAAUAACGAACAAAAGUACGGCUUUACACGAUAUUGUAAUCUUUGCAGUACCCGCGGAGAUGCCUGACUAUGGUUCAAACAGAGCAGAGCUUCAAGGUGAAGCAAAAGUCAGUUUCAGAUACAGUUCUUAA